UCCACUCGCUAUCAAGCCAGUGCUAUCAUAUUACUGGAAGCCAGAUCUAAGCUCAUUUGCUGGUUCUCACACAGCAUUAACUGUAACGAGCCCUCCAGUAAAAACCGGGAGAGCCACGUACUGCAAGACACCAGCAGCCGCAAGCUGCCUCCGCCGCGGGCUAGGAGAGCACAAGUGAUCAGGUGCCAGGCUCUUGUGAGGACGCACUUUUAUCCGUAGUGCCGCCAGUGUAACUCUUGACCUGAAGGUGACUCAAGAGUGCCAUCGAGUCUGUGAUCCAUAUCUUCGGCGCCAAUGAGGAGGUGCGGCGCCCCCUCCUUGCAGGUGUCUCAGCAUCGAUUGACCCCAAGGUGACUCUUGACUUUUACAAUACUGACGCUCCGUCAAGAUCAUUUCUUUUGUUACGCACCUCAGGGGACUCUUACUGUACGCGCUCCUUCGCGGUCUUGAGCACGACUUAGGCGCUACGCCGCCAGUGUUUACCGCUUGACCGACGAUUGACACUGGCGCAGUUUUGUCGGUCAGGUUAUUAAGACGCAACAAUUAUAUUGUCGACUUGUUAAAGGGUUGUAGGAGAGAGAGCGUAGUGACGGGCGUGACCGUGCGGGCGGCGGCGAGUGUCACCUGAGGGCAACGAAGCGGUGAGGGCCAUGGUGGGGCAUUAGGUCAUGAGCGGGAGCCCCAGGACGAACCAGCCCUUCUCCGUGACCUCCCUGCUCAGCCCUCUAGAUACCCUGGCCUCUACUGUGGACGUUGCAGCAGCAGCAGCAGCCGCAGCAGCAGCAGCAGCAGGGCGGGGCUCCAGUGGCAGCAGCAGCACCAGCAGCAGCACUUUCGCUGCCUCAGGGAUUGCCACUUCGGCCUCCGUCAACGACUUCGCCGCCGCCAUGCAGAACCCCUACGGCAUGAGCCCUAUGGCGCACAUGGCGCAGUUCGGGACGCAUUCCACCUACCAGUACUGCAACACGGACCUCUCCCACUACGCUGCCCCAGCCUCCGCCUCCUGGUACGGCACCUCUACCUCCGACCCAAGAUUCGCAAUCUCUCGCCUGAUGGGGGGCUCGAACGUGAACAUGAACAUGGGGAACAUGACGUCACUCUCCACCUGCAGUAUGGGGGACAACAAGGCCAUGCAGUUCCCACUCUCUCAGCGGAGGAAGAGGCGGAUACUCUUCACGCAAGCUCAGGUGUACGAGCUGGAGAGACGCUUCAAGCAGCAGAAGUACCUCAGUGCGCCCGAGAGAGAACACCUUGCAUCCCUCAUCAACCUCACUCCGCAGCAGAGAGGGUGGGUGGUGGGCGCCUCCACCCUCGCCGGGUGGGUGGUGGGCGCCUCCACCCUCGCCGGGUGGGUGGUGGGCGCCUCCACCCUCGGCGGGUGGGUGGUGGGCGCCUCCACCCUCGGCGGGUGGGUGGUGGGCGCCUCCACCCUCGGCGGGUGGGUGGUGGGCGCCUGCACCCUCGGCGGGUGGGUGGUGGGCGCCUCCACCCUCGGCGGGUGGGUGGUGGGCGCCUCCACCCUCGCCGGGUGGGUGGUGGGCGCCUCCACCCUCGGCGGGUGGGUGGUGGGCGCCUCCACCCUCGGCGGGUGGGUGGUGGGCGCCUCCACCCUCGGCGGGUGGGUGGUGGGCGCCUCCACCCUCGGCGGGUGGGUGGUGGGCGCCUCCACCCUCGGCGGGUGGGUGGUGGGCGCCUCCACCCUCGGCGGGUGGGUGGUGGGCGCCUCCACCCUCGGCGGGUGGGUGGUGGGCGCCUCCACCCUCGGCGGGUGGGUGGUGGGCGCCUCCACCCUCGCCGGGUGGGUGGUGGGCGCCUCCACCCUCGCCGGGUGGCCCCUGCCCUCUUCGGUCGGUUAUUACUGA